AUGUCUGCUGGAGCAGAACCCCCCAGAUCCCAGCAGUCCACCAUUAAAAAAAAUGUGAAGCCCCUCCUUAGAGGCCACCUGCACCAGCAUGCCAUCUUCGCUGCCCUGGCAGCUGGCAUGCUGCUCGUGGCCUCCGCCUCAACCAGGGAGGCCAGAAUUUCUUGCACUGUUUAUGUGGCCUCUCUGGUCGCCCUAUUCAGCGCCAGCGCCCUCUAUCACAGGGUGACAUGGAACCCAUGGGCCAGGGAACAGAUGGGUAAAGUGGACCAUGCGGCAAUCUUUGUCUUGAUUGCAGGGACAUACACUCCAAUUGCACAGCUGGGUUUUGAGGGGGAGCUUAGGCACAUGCUUCUUGUGAGAGUGUGGGUUGGCGCGGCUGCUGGCAUCCUGCAGUCCAUCUUGUGGCCGUCGGCGCCCAAAGCCGUGUCCACUGCAAUUUACAUCGGACUGGGUUGGAUCAUCCUCCCUCAUGCUUAUGAGGUGUUUGGCUACCACGAGGUGUUCCAUGCCUUUGUGGUCGUAGCAAGCAUUCUCCAUUUCGCUGCGGUAUACUUGCUAGUGCAUAAGACGUGA